CGCUGCCGUAUGAUAUGUAGAAGCUAUUUUCAUACUCACCUCUUACAACGUUUCUCGCUUUCCUGAACUUGCCCCACCUAUUGGGACAUAGGUAGAUAAUAUUUCUAGGGGUGUAGGGUUACUGUCAUACGCUUGAGCACACAACAGGUAGGUGGCACAGUCGGUUGUGCACAGGUAUAAAUCAGGCGGGUACUGAGCUCCUGCCGUCACCGCCAUGAACACAUCGACAAGGAAGUGAAGCUGUCAUCGGUGGGGAGGAUGUGUUGGCCGUAAUAUUGACCGGGAAGAAAUUUCAGUCCUCCAUCUUCAAUGAGAUAGAGGGUGCGCCAAAGCUUACAGGAUGGCCAGUGCGCAGCAGGAGGGGAUGUCGCACGCGGUGCACGUGCCGUGUUGUUUGAAUGACGAGUGUAAGGAACACAUGGAUCGUCUGGUCGCCCUUCUGGAGGAGAGAGGGGUCAAGUGUGUCUACCAGGCAAGAGGUGACUACGGUCUCGGAGGAUUGUUUUCAGAUCACUUCAUAAACCUUUUCAAGAGAUGCAGGAGAACCAUCAUCCAUAUUUGUCCACAAAGUCUUCAGAUGGUUAAGCCGGUGAAAAAGGUUUUGAUGAGGGACCCAGAAAAAACGUCUUUCUUUCGCAUCCCGUGCUCGCCAUCGAGUUUCCCAGACGACCUGGAUGUCCACAUGUUCAACGUUUGGAAUCUGUCUGAUGAAGCUGUGAGGGAAACAUUUGUCAAGGAAAUGGCUUACGAAAUGAGUUCUAAGACACUCACACAAGAAAUACCUCUUUCGUUCGAGGAAGUUUAUACGAUCAGGAAAACAGUCUUUACACCUAUUAACAUUAUACAUCGGGGUGCAGAACAUCCAGUGGUGUGUCUGCAUAAGCUACUGUUUCUUUCAUCAGCUACUGAAGAGAAAAUAAGAAGAAGUGUACUUGAAUGUACCAAUCAAGAACAGUGGUCCACCUUUCUCAACCAAACGUCACCGCAAGAUUUAUUCUUUAUUCUCAAUAAAGUGCUGCCAGAGCUCUACAGGAGACGCCAGAUCAUUCACCUCGCUCACCUGGCAGGAACUCACAUUCCCGCACUUCGCGAUCGUACCUUGCGUUUUGUGCAGCUGCUACUUCUCAGUAACGACCCGACCCCGUGGUCAAGAACCGACUUAAAGGAGACUGAGAUCGCCAUGUUCAAUACACUUUUAUUACAAAAAGACACCAUGCCAGUCAAUACUAUCGUCACAUAUCUGAUGACACUCGUCUGCUAUAUCAUGGCCUGUAAAGAAGCGAAUAAAGAGAAAGAAUGCGAUGAUCACUUUGGUGUCAUCACCAGCCGACCACUUUUCCAGGCAGCAGAAUUAAAGAAAAAUAAAAGGAAGUCUGUCAGAGGGACUGCAGAUUUAUGGAUCAAAGUUUUACACCUCUGUGUAUCACACUGGCGAGAACAGAAGAGUAAGAAGCGGGAUGUCACAUUUAAACAACAACCUAAACAGCAAUGGAUAAUGGAGCUGCUAGGUUUUAUUUCACGAAUUAUACAGCUGAACAGAAAUUGUCCCUUUGAUUUCCGCAUUUUCCCCAGCUCACAGAUUAACAUACAAGGCAGAGGAAAAGAUUCAACAAGAGGAUUGAUAACUAUUCUGGUUGCAAAUGUUACUAUCUGCGGGAUGACCGCGCUUUUGGAGCACAAAACAACGGACCUGGUAUGCAGUUCUAACUUCAAUGAAGUUUGCCGGGAGGCAGCAUCCCGCCUUAUUGAGGCUCUGUCAUCUCUCUGUGUAGAGGACAAAAGCCUGAUGUUUCAACAGCUCACAACACUUCUCUUUCAUCAUAACAGGCAUAUUCGUAUGCAGGCACUUCAUUUGUUCGUCCUUGAUAACACGUACGGGAGCAUGACGACAAUUCUGUGGGAAAGACUGGUGCUGACUACGCAAGACCUUCUGUAUCCUCUUCUGCAAGACAACAGGAACACCAAGAACUCUCACGAGGACGAGGACAAGGACGAGGUGCGCGGCGGGUGGACUGUGGUCAAGCACAAGCUUGGUGCUGAUGGCGUUUUGACUCACGUGUUGCGCCCCUCGACCUAUGAGCACCGGAACGAAGUCCGAUGCAGCCUGAAGGACAAGAGGUUUCAUGAACUUCGACUGCUGAAGGAGUUCCAGCAUUCUCACCUCGUUGAGCUUCGAGCCUUCUGUGAUAUGUGCUGGCCGCAGUUCUACAUCACAGAGGACUACUCGACCAACGCUCUGCAGUCAAUGCUUGUGAACAAAAGCAGGAAUGACAACUGUUUUUCUCUGAAAAAGCUUUUGAUAUUUGUGAUCGACGCCUUGAAGGGGGUUCAGUUCCUUCAUGAACACAACAUCGUGCACAGGGAUCUGACUGCUGCAAACGUCUUCAUCACCGCCAGUGGGCAGGUCAAGCUCAGUGGACUCAUGCAGGCGCGCAGACCUUCAGGAGACACAAUCAGAGAUUUUGAAUGCUCUUUCAUACCUACGCGAUGGACGGCUCCCGAGUCCCUGCGGCAUUGUCAAUUCUCUAAAAUGUCCGACAUGUGGAUGGUGGGCCAUCUGAUCUACGAGAUGCUGACACACGGCAGACUGCCCUAUGCUGACGUGGGGCCAGUUGACUCCGAACUGAUCCCGAUGGUGGUGGCUGGCAGGAGAACACUGUGCGACGAAGCCUGCAUUCCAGGUCCUGUCCAUUCAGUCAUCAUCCAGCUCACCAACAUUGAACCCUCGUCACGUCUGCCCGAGGUCAAGGCCGUCAUAGAUGUCCUGGCCACUUUUGUUGAUAAAAUGAAUGAAGACUUGAACAGCGUGAAAUUUCCGGACAUACACGCAGAAGGUCAAGCAGCAACAGAACAUAGGAAGGGUCCAGUAAUUUCAAUGCUCGACACUUUCUUUGGAGGCUUCAAUGAGACAUUAGAUGAAACUUCAGAGGAAAGACAAGACUAUGUAAACACUUCCAAAAGACACCAGAGACCUGUACGAAGCCCAAUGUCAAUCAAGGAGCUAUGUCCAAAGGAUUUUUCUUCUGAUGUCUGGUCUGUCCUAACUGAAGGUCAUCUGCCGGGAAUAUCACCGCUGAUCAGUCAGCCAAAGAGGAAUUCAGAAAGAGAGCUUGAGAUUUCAUUUGCCAUUCCUGCAAAGUACAGCAUUUGCUCCCUUGAACGAGCGGUGGUGAGAAGAUGGCUGGGGAAUGAUAUCCAGGAGUAUGUCGAGUGCCUGGGAAAUAUUGCUACCGCCAUCGCUGAGCUCCACUCACGAGGACUUGUCCUGUGUGAUUUCUGUGCUGACAAAAUCUUCAUUGAGAAGGUCCCGACCGCGACUGGGGAGAUAAAUAAAGUGGUCUGGUUCGCGUCCAUUGCGAACAUCCGCAGCAUGCAACACCACGUCAACGCGAGUGGUCAGCUGAUAGAAGUUCCUCCCCCUCAAAACAGCGAAGCUCUCCGCAGAGCAGCGCCGGAAGUUGUGAAGCAUGGACUGUACUCUCAAGCCUCUGAUGUCUUUUGCUUCGGCCGCCUGAUGUGGUGGGUCUUCAACACUUUUUGUAGAGUUGAAGUUGGCGAGGAAGUAAAUAAACAUGCACAGGACCCGUUCGCAGAGGUCGACGACUCCGAGCUGUACUCGAGAAUAUCAGACCUGGGCGCAGCAGCAUUAGUACAGAGACCUCCUGCUUGUCCGCCUGUCCUCUACCACCUGAUGCUGAAAUGCUGGGAACCACGACGAUCAGAGCGACCAUCAAUACAAGAUUUACAAGAACUUCUUACUGGAGUGGAAGACAGCUCGCGCAUUGGAAACCACAACCAGACCUCAGAAUAUGAUUAUUUUGAAGGUUACAGUGAAGCAGAAACAGAUGAUGUUUAUAACAACCCUGAUACAAUUAACUCAGAAAUAGGAUGCAAUGUGGAAUGUCAUAACCAAAGAGCAGAAGAUGAUAAUGCCGAAGGAUACAGUGACAUUCCAGACUACCACUUGUCUUGCUUAUUGCCCGAGUCAGAGUCUUCAUGGAAUAACGAUUCCAAUGAGCUGUACGAAAGUUUCGGUUCUGAGCCAGUGGUCGCCUCGGGUAUACAGAGGUCCCUCCCGCCUUCUACCCGACCUCAUUAUCCGCUGCCUCCGCCACCUUCGCAGUCUGUGACCCAGGAUCGCGAGAGUCAUGCGGAUCGGGUUGAAACGGGCUCAGGAUAUAACACGAGAAGCACUAGAAACCAAACACCCCUAGAACAUGAUGCACAGAGUGCUACGGGUCUCAAGAAAGGACAAACAAAAAGAAAAAUAGCGGGAUCAGAUUUAGCAUCAAAUUUAUCCUUGGCAGAAGGUCCUUUAUCUUUUCCAUUUGGUAAGCGAAAUUCUUUCUCAGUCCAACAACAGCAGCCAGCAUCAACAACUAAACAAUAUCCAACAUCUGUACCUGAACAAAAGCUAUCACUGAAAGCGAAGCAACCUCCAUCAACACUGGAACCAAAGUUGCCACACGAACAAUCGCGAUCAACUCACCUGGCAGAACAAACACCUGUUUCGUCACCAGCGUCGCCACCAUCCCCUCUUCUGCCUCAUCAUCGUCACGUGGCGCAAGUUUCCUCCCAGCACCGACAGCCACAGUCGGUCAGUCCGCCACCCCUCCCCCCUCGCCGUUAUGCAGACUAUGAACAUUCAGACCCCGUUACUUCGCCACCGUCAGCUGCAUCAGGGGCAUCGUCCUCCACCAAUGCCCCGCCGCUUCCGCCUCGCCGGCCUAGCAGUUCAUCUACACUUGAACACUCCAGUCCGCCACCUCGUCCAGCGCGUGGGUCUGGGCUGGUCGCUACAUCCAUUUCUGUAAGCUCACUGUCACCCACUCCUUCAAAUUCAAUUUUAACAACUCCUUCAGACCCACUCUCAUCCACUCCUAGCUUACUUCCAUCCAAUCCUCCACCUCUUCCACCACGUCAUUCUCUGAGGAAACCUCCUUCUACACCUGAUAAGCCUCAAGAGUCAAACUCUCCACCUGCAACAUCCGGUUUAUCACCACCCAUGUCACCACUGCCUAUUGUCCCACCCCAGUCACUUCUCAGGUUAGAGGAUCAACCUUCAGCAGCUCUUUUGCCACAGUCACCCAUCUCUACUUCACUAACGGCAUCAUCUUCACCAGCAGCGACAUCACGGCCGAUGCCUCAGCAGACAAUAGCAUCAUCUUCGUGUGGACAUACAUCUUUAUCACGACCGCAUCCUAAGCCUCGUAAGCAUAAAUUACAAUCGUGUAAAGCACACAGAGAGGAUUGUGAAAGUUCUUUAGCAGGUGGAGAGUCCACUCACCUGGCAGGUGAAGCGAAAUACACCUCUACAUGUACAAUUCAGCUAGAAGUCAAGAAUAUAAAUCUUACAAACAAAAAGGAGGAACAUACUUUAAAAGUCCUACCUUCUACUUUACUUACAGCAAAGGAGAGAACAGAUGCACCUACACACAAUGCCUUCCAUACAACAGAGGAUACAGACAACAAAGCAACAGACGAUCCCGUAGAUAAAAGUAUACCAGUAAGUGAGGCAAUAAAGGCAAUAGAUGCCAGAACAAAAGCUACUGAGGCAAUGGAUGAUCCAGUAUAUACAAACACUCAAGCUAGUGAGUCAAUGGAUGAUCCAGUAUAUACAAACACCCAAGCUACUGAGGCAAUGGAUGAUCCAGUAUAUACAAACACCCAAGCUACUGAGGCAAUGGAUGAUCCAGUAUAUACAAACACUCAAGCUGUUGAGGCCAUAGAUCCAGUAUAUAGAAACACACCUGGUAAUGAGAUAACAGAUGAUCCAUAUGAUGACACACUGUGAAGCCAGAGAAGAUCUCUUCUAGUAACUCCCAGACCACAAGACAAGCAAGCAUAUUUGACCAGCAAGUCACUGAAGGAAUGCCUUGACUGAUACUCACGCAUGACAGAUACAAUAGAAGGAAUCUCUGUCAGGAAAUACCACGCCAAACCGACAUCAGACAAUUGUCUGCCUGCAAACUUCCCAGCCCACUAGGAAAAUACCUGGACUGUCAUUCUGGUGAAAUAAUGAAGCCUUUUUUGUAAUAAACUAUGUAAUUUUAAGGAAAUUCCAUGCAUCUUUAAUACUCAAUGAAACACAGUGCAUCAUUGUUUUUCAGAGUUGAGUACUGUAGUCUGUAGUCUCUACAUCUGUAAUCUGUCAACUAGUAUCAGAAUCACAGUUGAAAGAAAUGUUUCAUGUCAAACUCAAUGACGGGGCUAUGUCUUUGCCACGCAGUGUCUUUUCUGUUAAGGCAAAUGUAACUUACAUCAUUGACACUUUCUCCCUAUAUACAUGCAUGUAGAUAUAAAUGAACAUUUACAGUAGUAUACCCGUUUUAAAUCGCAAUGUUAGUCGUGUUAAAUCUAGUGCUUUAGCAGAUUAAUUGUUCUGUAUACGAAUCAUGGGUUGUUUAAAAAUGGAAGAAAGUAGUGUGAUUAAAGAAGCUUUUUAUUUUCAUAUAACUGAUUUAAUGUAUUUAAAUAGUGUAUAUCAAUGUCUAUAAGCACACAAUACAAUAGAUACAAUAGAUGUUUCCUUUCAACGGUACAUGUAUACUCAUCUGUAUUUGGAUUUGCUUCAUACAAAACUAAACAAAAUUUAAAGAAAAAUUUAAUAUUAUUAUAUAUGCAUUUAAAUUUGUACACACUUGUGUGUUUUUUUGUAUUUCCAUAUGUACUUAUUACAACUUCAAUAAUCAAUCAUGCUACAUUGAAGUUAAAAUUUUUGUGUUCUAAUACUUAUAUACUUAUAUCUUAUAUUUCAGUCUAUUUAAAAUGGAAAGCUGAUCCAAAAAAUGUAAGAAAAUCAAAGAACCAAAUAAGUGUUUAUGAAAUAGUAUUUCAAUAAACGUGUCAAGUAAGAGUUUUACUUGCAAUCAUACUUAAUAGUUAAAACUGAAACCAUUGCAUUGUAUAUAAAAUCAGUUUUAGCUAAUGAAAUCCAUUUCAAGAAAUGAUAUUCUACAGAAAAAUCAAAAUACUUUGCUACGUAACAUACACAGUUCUGUAGCAAAUAUAUAAAACAUUAAGAUUGUGAUUAGAUUAAUUUUGGUGUGUUACAACUCUCUUUCUGUCUCUCCUUUCAAUUGCCAAGUCAAUAAAAUUAUGUCAGAGCUUUUAAUUUAAUACAAUAUAUUAGAACAGCGUCAAUAUGUCUUCAUCUGUCUUGCAACACUAUUAAAGAAAUAAAUGUAGUUGAAAAUAGUGAUUCGUUGUAUAAAGAGUUGUUUUCUUCUGUUGCAUCUCAUGAAGAUUUAUUUUUUUAAUUAUGGUUCAGUAUAUAUACAUAUAUACAUACCUUUUCUAUAGUAUUUUCUACAAGUUUGACUCUAUACUGUUCAAU